CGCGGCCCUGAGGCAAUGGAGCAGGAGAAGUACCUGCCCGAGCUGAUGGCCGAGAAGGACAGCCUGGAUCCCUCCUUUGUGCACGCCAUGCGCCUUCUGGCCGACGAAAUUGAAAAAUUUCAGGGUUCUGAAGGAAAGAAGGAAGAUGAGGAAAAGAAAUACCUUGAUGUUAUCAGCAACAAGAACAUAAAGUUGUCAGAGAGAGUUCUGAUCCCUGUCAAACAAUACCCAAAGUUCAAUUUUGUUGGGAAAUUGCUUGGACCAAGAGGGAACUCCUUGAAGAGGUUACAAGAAGAAACAGGUGCAAAAAUGUCUAUCCUGGGAAAAGGCUCCAUGAGGGACAAAGCUAAGGAGGAAGAGCUGAGGAAAAGUGGAGAAGCUAAAUAUGCGCACUUGAGUGAUGAGCUUCAUGUAUUAAUUGAAGUGUUUGCUCCACCUGGGGAAGCAUAUUCUCGUAUGAGUCAUGCCUUGGAAGAAAUAAAAAAAUUCCUCGUUCCUGAUUAUAAUGAUGAAAUUCGUCAGGAGCAACUGAGAGAGCUGUCAUAUUUGAAUGGUUCCGAGGAUUCAGCACGUGGACGGGGUAUUCGAGGAAGAGGGAUCCGUGUGCCACCUGCAGCUCCUUCCAGGGGCCGUGGGGGUGCGAUUCCUCCGCCCCUCCCUGGACGAGGUGCCCAAGCACCCAGAGGAGCACCAGUGACUCGCGGAGCUCUCCCCGUCCCACCUGUAGCAAGAGGUGUUCCCACACCUCGAGCAAGGGGGGCCCCAGCGGUACCAGGCUACAGACCACCCCCACCACCUGCACAUGAGGCAUAUGAAGGAUAUGGAUAUGAUGAUGGAUAUGGGGGUGAAUAUGAUGAUCCAAGCUAUGAGACAUAUGAUAACAGUUAUGCCACCCAAACACAAAGUGUGCCUGAAUAUUAUGACUAUGGUCACGGAACAAGUGAAGAGGCUUAUGACAGCUACGCACAAGAAGAAUGGGCCACAACCCGUUCCAGCCUAAAGGCACCUCCUCCAAGGUCAGCUCGAGGUGCUUACAGGGAACACCCCUAUGGUAGAUAUUGAAGGUCCUCCUCAUCUGUGACCUCAACUCAAAGACAAUUAAUAGCCUGUGGUCUCCGCAUAAACAGCAACAAGACAAGUAAUAGUCAAUUUCUUUUCUAUCCUAGGGAUUACUGAUCAUUAUUAUCCUAUGUACUACUUGUAUUUCCUAUAACAUUGGAGUGACAUUGGCAUUAGUAUUAUUUUAUAACACGGACUUAAAAAAAAAAAAAAAAAAAAAGGAGAAAGAAAAAACCUUUGGCAAGCAUUGUCUAUAAACCAUUCAAAGAUAAUGUUCUGUUGGUUGUAUUCAUUGCUGUGUGUAACUUUAAAAGCAUGAACCUGUUACAGAUCUUGAGUCUCUCUACAUACUAGCUAAGGCUGAGUUUUUGUUUAGGGUUGCUGAAAGACUGUAAUAUGAUUCUUUUUUUCUUUUCCUUUUUUCAUUUGAGCCAUACAAUAAUCAAGUUGUAGAUAAGAUGUUUUAACCUGUCUUUUUAAUAUAUGUUAGUUUAGAUUAAGAUGUUCGAUAUUAAGUUUGUAAAUUUAAUUUUAAAUGCUGUUUUAAUGGGGUUGAAAACAAGCAGCUACUGUAUGUAUGUAGCUAACUGAAUUUGUUCAGUGUUUUAACCUGUAUUUGUUAAAAAAAAAAAAAUCACAUAAAGUUCCAUGUGUAAGCUUCUCUAAAUAGGAAACCAUAAUUUUGUCAAAUAUGUUUGCCAUAAUUUGUCAAUAAAGCUGAAACCUUUUGU